AUGGAUAGUCUUGGCAGGCGGGACUGACCAACCAGACAGAAGCCCCCCUUAUUAAAGGCAUUCAUCCUGCGACUGUUUUCAUUUGUUUGCAAGAGCAAGGAAGAAAGCGAGUGCAGAAUUAGCGAGGAUGUGCACUCUAGAGAAGCGUGGAAAGGUGUACAUCUUGACCUUGGUGGGUGACAACGAGGAGGACGAGCACAGGCUCAAUCCCACAAGUUUCGAUGCCAUCGCCAACGCCCUAAAAGAGGUGGAACAAUCACCAGACGCAGCAGCCCUGGUAACCACCAACGCAGGCAAAUACUUCUCCUGCGGCAUCGACAUGAACUGGAUCGGCGAGAGCCCCCACGACCGUAUGGACGUAGUCUUAGAGAAGUUAGAGAACAUGCUCGCAUCCUUCAUGAGGAUCAACGUCCCCACCGUCGCAGCCAUCCGCGGACGCGCGGUGUCGGGAGCUUAUAUGCUGGCUCUGGCCCACGAUUACCGCUUCAUGACGCAGGGCUCCGGCGAGCUCUACAUGUGCGAGCUCGAUCUUGGCUUGCCCAUCCCAAAGGGUAUGCUCACCUUGAUUCGCAGCAAGCUGCAGCCCGCAACCCUGCGCGAUGUGGUGCUGCGCGCCAGCAAGCUGGACGCACAGUUGGCCUUUGAGAAAGGGAUUUUGGACGGCGUUUUUGAGGACAAGGCCGCGACUUUGGAGGCGGCGGUUAAGGAGGCAGAGAAACUGGCGGCCAGAGGAUGGGAGAGGGAGAUCUACCGUGGCUUCAGGUUGGCUACCUUUCCUGGGGUUGCAGAGGCGCUGGAUAUUAAUGUUCCCUAUGUCGUACCCGCUUCUUUCCACUUCUGAGGCCCAUUUCCGUCGCCCACUAUCGUUGCCUAGAUUUCUAUUAGAGAACAACGAUAGAAGAUUGCCUAGAUUGCUAUAAGAAAACAAUAAGCAUUUGAGUACUGCAUUGUAGAACCUCUGAAGUAACUAUAUGAUUUCUCUAUUUUGGUGGUAUUUGUGAGAGAAAAUGGUGUAAUUUUACUUUCAGGUUUUUAAUAUGAUAUAAGAACUUUGGUGAUAAAAUGGUUAAGGAAGUAAUCUUUUAAAAGAUUUGUCAAAGAAGGGCAUAUUGGAUACAUAUUUCCAAUUUUCUUAUAAAUAGGUCACAAUAAAUAAAGAAUUUUAAUAAUUUGUUUGA